AUGUUUACGUAUCUCCUUGCGACUAUCAUCGGGACGUUGCUCGUACCCGAUCUAGUCAAUGCCGACGACCUCAGCGCUUUAUGGAUCGAGCCCUCUCUGAACUGGCAUGUGUACGGCGUUGACGGCAAUUGGUCUUCGAUCGGCCUCUUCGUAGGAGAACCAGCCCAGGAGAUAGAUGUUCUUGUGAGCACGAGCCUAUCCGAGAUAUGGGUUGUCGAAUCCAGCGGUUGCGGUCCCAAUGGCCAAUGCGUACAAGCUCGUGGAGGCGUCUAUAACACUAGUGCCUCGCAAAGCUGGUCUUCGCUCGGUGCCUGGCAGCUUGGCUUAGACUACGUUGGAGUUGGAGGCAAUGGCGACUACGCGAUGGAGACUGUUGUCGUAUACGACAGCGUACGUCGUUGGCAGACUUCUUUCAACAAACAAGUUGUAGCUGGCGUCAAUGAGACCGGUUACUUCAAUGGGCUCUUCGGCUUAGGUAUCACACCUGGUCGUUUCAACAACGUCAUCGUACAGAGUCCAAUUGCUGCGUUAGUCGAGCAAGAUGGCACUAUCCCGAGUCACAGUUAUGGCUACACUGCUGGAGCUUAUUAUGCUGGCGAGCGAGGAAUUCCGUUGUCUUUAACGUUGGGUGGGUAUGAUGCAAACCGCUUUGAGCCCCAUGACACAAAAUUUAGCCUUAAUGCGACCUCGAGACAACCCGAGGUGCUUGUGAGAGCUAUCACAACCUCGGUUUCUGAUGCCAGCCGGGCUCCAACUCCCUGGCCAGCUACGUCAAUCCCAUUAUCAUCAUUUAAUGAAUCUGUGACAGCUGUACUUGACAGUUCCACACCUUACUUGUGGCUUCCGUCAAAUAUUUGCGACCGAUUCGCUGCUAACUUGAAUCUUACGUGGAAUGAGACAUAUGGGCUUUAUGUGUUCUCGAACAACGAAGACACUGAUAAUCUGGAGCGAUUCCGUUCGUCACCGGAUCUCUCGUUCACUUUUACCCUAUCGAGUGCAGAAAACCAUGACAACUUCGGACAGCCUCUCAAUGUGCCAGGAGUUGUGAACAUUACCGUCUCCGCUAAUGCAUUUAUUCAAACCCUUCGUUAUCCGUUCAUGAACAUUAUUAACUACACUGCAGCGGCGGUCCCCUAUUUCCCUUUGAAGCGAACUGAGGCCAAUGGCCCAAUUAUUAUCGGAAGAUCCUUCUUCCAAGAAGCGUAUUUGAUCACAAACUAUGAAACCAGUAGCUUUUCAGUUCAUAAAGCUAAAUUCCCAGAGAGACCACUUCGAGAUACAUCUAUCCAGACUGUAGCAACCUGGGAGCAUAGUCCAUACCCCGGCCCACCCCCGCGACCCGACCAAGGAGGAGGUCUUACCCAGCCGCAAACUGUAGGCUUAGCAAUAGGAAUAUGUUUUCUAGGUAUAGCCGCCGUUAUAGCUUUCUUCGUAUUGCGCCGAAGGAGGAGGAAGCAGCGAGAAGCGGAUAAUAACGAUGAGACUUUCAAAGAUAAAGCUUCGACGAUCGACUUGUCGCCGCCAACUACCCCGGUAGCUCGUAUUGUUUCAAAGAUGUCGAAGAGAUACGCGAAUAGGAAAGGUAGGAAGGGGAGUACCCGCUCCACUACUACCCAUGAAAAUAUCCGCGAAGAACUUGAGGAGAGCAACGAGCCGAAGGUGUAUGAGUUUGCUGCAGACCAAACUCAUGAACGCUACGAAUUACCAGGUCCAGAGCCCGUAGAGUUGGACGGCACCAUGGCUAGGCACGUAAUGAAUGCUAGUAAGAGGCAAGAUUACAGAAUGAACGAGUACGAGUUUGGGAAGCAUCAGUUGGAACGGCAAAAACAGGGGUUGGUGCCAGAGUAUGUCCCUCGUACAGCAGAGUCGCCAACUAGAAUGUACCACAAUAUCAGUCCUGUGGGACAGUACGGACAGAUGAACCGUAUCGCCGAAACCCCUUCACCAGCUUCAAGUCCAACGUAUGAUACUCAGAGUAAUAACAUGCCUUCGCCGUUGAGUUCUCAGAGCGACUGGACAAAUAGGAUGACGGAGGCCUACUCCCCUAUGGGGUUUGUCCCCACUCAAACCCUUUCCCACUCGGCCUCAAAUCCGAAUCUCACCUAUACUCCGUCAUCGCCGUCCUCAUGGAGCAACCCUGGAUCAGCUUCACUCGCCCGGUCUGCUUCCACCGCCGGGUUCUCGACAUCGCAUGCUCCUUCGAUUGUACCGCCUCCUGCCUCAUUCCAAAGAGCACCUAUCGAUGCAUCACGAGUAAUAUGUCUUGGCCCUUUACCGGAUAACGUCCAAUUACCCCAUCAACCCGCUCAUACCCCCGAAACUCCUCAGACCACCCAGCCAUCAAUACCUGGGAUUGUUGGUAGCGAUGGCCAGCCGAUUGCUUACCCUCCUAUGCCUCCUAUUCCAGAUAACGACGAAUCUCAAUAUGACUCUCGCCGUGCAUCUCGCCGCGUGUCUAGAGCCGACACACUUGGAAGUAAUUACACUAUCGAGGAGGAAGCUCGCAUGACCGCAGCGCGUGAGCAAAACUUUCUUGGCCGAAUAGACGGCCCCGAUCUUAUCCAUAUACCCCAACCAGCGUCACAACGAUAUAGCUGGGAAAUGCCCUGA